AAUGCCUUGAGAUUCGGAGCCACAGGUUUAAUUUAUCCCCCAGCACCACGGUUUCCUCUGCUUGGCCUCUGAAAUCAACUAAACAAAGGUGUAAUCCAAAGCCAUGCUGCUUCUGCUCAUCUCAUGAUUCUUUAUUUGAUUCUGCUGUUGAUUUCUUCCCGACUUGUCAACUAAAGGUUCCCUUAAAAAAUUGCUUCAGCAAGAGGUCAAUGGAACAGAAUAUGAUGUUUCACCGGCAGGCCGGUGGCCGGAAUCUUAGCCGGAAAGGGUUCAAGUUCAGCAGAGUAUUUCAAGUGGCUCUGCUUUCAGCCGUCUGCAUUUGGACGGUGUACGAGAUCACGCAUCCAGAUGACAAGCCAGGCAGUGACAACCCGUUUCGGAGAAGCGAAGUUCAUAACAAAGAACAAGCAAACAUGCUAACAGGAAGGAAGGGGCUUGCAGUUGCAGCUAUCAUGGCAGAGUCUGUUCAAAAGGGGCUUGAAGAUCCAUGGCCAUGGUCAAGCGAUGCCGCAGCUGGCGGCGAAGAAAGAGAUGAAUUGCUGGAAAAAGGGGAAAGAUUCGUGGGGGAGAAACUGAAGGUUGAACGAGUUGGUGAUGAUGAACAAGUCAAGGAAGAGAAGGAUCAAGGGGAGAUGGAGAUUGAAUUUAAUUCAUUUGAUGAUGAGAAUGGUGUUCCACCUGAUAGCCUCAGGAUGCUGGAUUCACCAAUUCUUCUUUAAUCAUCAGAUACGAGUGUUUUACUGGUAAAGAGCACUUUGACUUUUCAUUAGGAUUUUACAGAUUCUUCUAUGGGGCAUCAAAAGAAGCGGUAAAGUUAAAUAUAUAGAAAGAAAUUAAAAGUGGUAUUUAACAGUGAACUGGCAAGAACCAGUGUUCAUAAUAUAGGGUUCAAAGGCUCAAGUCUUGGAGAGGAAAACAUCAUCAAAUGUAUUAAUACAUCAUUGCAGUUUUAUGUAUAGCUUCCAUUCAGCAUAUCAAUAUGCAUAUGACUGUUGGGACUUAAGAUGUGUCUAAUUUGAUUUCACUGCACCCCAGCAAGUCGUCAUGUCACAGUACUGGAUUCACAAGAAGAGCAACUUGCACAAAAACUAAAUAAAUUUUCAAAAUGAAUGAGCAGUUCUUGAAUCAA